ACACCCCAUAGGCAGAGGCACCCCACUCCGCCCCGCGCCCGCUCCACGCUCGCCCCGCCUCGGCUCGCUUUAAAAGUUUACUUGCGCGGGUGAGGACACCGGUACCCGGAGCCAUGGCCGUGUGCACGGGGAUGCUGAGACUCGCCAGGCUGUGCACUGGGGGCUCCGGGGUGCUGCGGACCCGGGCCGUCCUCUCGCGGGGUUGGCAGGCAACCAGGUGGCAGGGCGUCCGGCUGCUAAGUACCACGCCAGAUGACCACUCGUCCACCCUACCCAGGGGCCUCAGCUUUGUCCAGGGCCGAACCAAACAGCGACUCCUCAACAAGACAGUAGGCCACUGCCUUGAGGAUGUAGCACAGAAGUACCCGGAUCGGGAGGCCUUAGUUGUCCCCCUGGAAAACGUCAGGUUGACCUUUGCCCAACUCAAGGAGGAGGUAGACAAAGCUGCUUCUGGGCUCCUCAGUCUUGGCCUCCGCAAAGGUGACCGGUUGGGCAUGUGGGGCCCCAACUCCUAUGCAUGGGUGCUCAUGCAGUUGGCCACCGCCCAUGCAGGCAUCAUUCUGGUGUCCGUGAACCCAGCCUACCAGGCGAUGGAGCUGGAAUAUUCACUCAAGCUGGUGGGCUGCAAAGCCCUGGUAUUUCCAAAGCAGUUCAAGACUCAACAGUACUACAACAUCCUGAAGCAGAUUUGUCCUGAGCUGGACACCUGCCCGCCAGGAGCCUUAAAGAGUCAGAGGGUCCCAGAGCUGAGCACCGUCAUCGUGGUGGACGAGCGGCUGCCAGGGACACUGCUCCUGGAGGAUGUGGUGGCCGCUGGCUCCUCGGAGCUGCAGCUGGCUCACCUCCACUACACACAGAAGUUCCUGUCCUGCCACGACCCUAUCAAUGUCCUGUUCACCUCGGGAACCACUGGCAACCCCAAGGGGGCCACCCUGUCCCACUACAACAUUGUCAACAACUCCAACAUGAUCGGGGAGCGCCUGGGACUCCACCUCAAGCCACCCGAGGCACUGCGGACCGUGCUGCCCUGCCCCCUGUACCACUGCCUAGGGUCCGUGGGCGGCACCAUGGUGAGCCUCAUGUAUGGGGUCACCCUCAUCCUCUCCUCUCCCUCCUUUGAUGGCAAGAAAGUGUUGGAGGCCAUCAACAAUGAGAGAGGCGCCUACAUCUAUGGCACCCCAACCAUGUACGUGGACAUUCUGAACCAGCCUGACUUCUCCAACUAUGACAUCUCAUCCAUAUGUGGAGGUGUGAUCGGAGGGUCCUCUGCACCCCCAGAGCUGGUCCGAAGCAUGGUCAACAAGUUGAACAUGAGAGAACUGGUGGUGAGUGGUGGGAUAUGGACCACAGAGAAUAGUCCUGUGACCUUCAUGAACUUUGCUGGGGACACUGUGGAACAGAAAGCUGAGACUGUGGGCAGAAUUAUGCCUCACACAGAGGCUAAGAUCAUCGACCAGAAGACGGGGGCACUGAUGGAGUUGAACUCGCCUGGAGAGCUGUGCAUUCGGGGGUACUGUGUCAUGCUGGGCUACUGGGAUGAUCCCCAGAAGACAGGUGAAGCCAUUGGACAGGACAAGUGGUAUCGAACAGGUGACAUCGCCACCAUAGACGAGCAAGGCUUCUGCAGGAUUGUGGGUCGCUCCAAGGACAUGAUCAUUCGGGGCGGUGAGAACAUCUACCCGGCUGAGCUGGAGGAUUUCUUACACACACACCCCAAGGUGCAGGAAGUACAGGUGGUGGGAGUGAAGGACAACCGGAUGGGAGAGGAAAUCUGUGCCUGUAUCCGUCUGAAGACAGGGGAGCAGACCACGCCCGAGGAGCUCAAGGCUUUUGCAAAGGGAAGGUGGAUCUCCCACUUCAAGAUUCCCCGCUACUUCGUGUUUGUCACCAGUUACCCGCUCACGGUCUCAGGAAAGAUCCAGAAACAUAAACUUCGAGCACAGAUGGAACAACAUCUAAACCUGUGAAUAAGGGGGUGGGGUGCCUUGUGUCCCACAUUAUGCUUGUCUGUCUUUGUGAUUUGGCAUAAAGAGCUCGUUUUCUUUGGC